UAUUGAUUAGCUGCUUAAUUGGAUUUUGAUUCUUUGUGGUCAUGGUUUCUAAAGCUUUUUCCCUCUUCUCCUUGAUCACUGUACUCCUCCUUGGCCUCAUUCCCCUCCUUUCUCAUGCAAGAACCCCACCAGGCUGGGAUGAUCGAAAAACAUCACCCUUUGGGUUUCUCAAACAUCUUCAGGGAUGUCACAAGGGUGACAAGGUCAAAGGCGUCCAUGACCUCAAAAUGUACCUUGAACACUUUGGUUAUUAUCAGCAAACCAAAAAUGGCACCCAUGCCAAGGAUGAUGAUUUUGACGAACUCUUAGAAUCUGCCGUGAGAACUUACCAGCUCAAUUACCAUCUCAAUGCCACUGGGAUUUUGGAUGCUGAAACAGUAUCAAAGAUGAUGAUGCCUCGUUGUGGUGUGGCAGAUAUUUUCAAUGGUACAAAUCCGAUGCAAUCAAACAAGAAGAGACAUCAUCACCGCCAUGACUCAUUUCAUACCGUCUCUCACUAUAGCUUCUUCUCAGAUGCUCCAAAGUGGCCUGCCUCAAAGUAUCAUCUCACUUACAGAUUUCUCCGUGGAACCCCAGCUCAAGCCAAGAGUCCCAUUGCACAAGCUUUCCAAACAUGGGCAGCAAACACCCAUUUCACAUUCUCGCAAGUUCGAGGCUUUUCAAAAGCAGAUAUCACUAUUGGUUUUGCUAGGAGGGAGCAUGGAGAUGGGAAUGAUUUUGAUGGACCUGGUGGAACCAUUGCCCAUGCUUUUGCACCAACAAAUGGGAGGUUCCAUUACGACGCAGAUGAGCAGUUUAGUGUUGGUGCAAUCCCGGAAGCAUUUGACUACGAGACAGUUGCUUUGCAUGAAAUCGGGCACCUUCUUGGACUUCACCAUAGCUCAGUUCCGGGAGCAAUUAUGGAAUCUACCAUCUCUACAGGAGUGACCAAAGGCUUGCAUGCAGAUGAUAUUGCAGGAAUUAAAGCGUUGUACAAUGUUUGAGAAUUGUUUAAGGAUUUGGAAUAAUCUCGAUCAUUAGUGGGAAUAGAUUAUUAUAGAAUAAGCACUUACUACUUACAAAAUAAACUUUCACGAUGAUCGAAUUAAGUUUAAGCCAAUUCUGUUUUGACAAGCUAGAAGAGGGAGCUAGAGAGGUUAAAUAAUUAGCUCUGAAGGUAUAUGUCUUAAAGGUUAAGUUUGAAUCUUAUUUUAUUUUAUCUAAUGAAAUCAAAUUUAGAGAA